AAGUAAUUUACUUUGAAGGCGCACAGUAAACAUCCGGUCUUAUUUCAUUUUUCUCGAACAAGCUUGACGCAAAUGUGGAACUAGGGUAUAAAAACGACGGUUUUCCAACUUGGCAGGAAACAUGCAUACAUAUAAGAGCUUAUAUCUUUGCUCUGUGGCUAAAUAUGUGUGCAAGUUCUGCAUACGUUUGCAGAGCACAGCAAGAGGACCCUCAGCUCCACUGGGAGCCAGACUACUGACCAACCCUGAGGACAUAUUCCAACACAACAUGUGGGAUCACGUCCAGUGGACGGAGGAGGAGAAGGAAAGGGCACGUGAGAAAGCAGAGGACAACUCCAGCGUACACAUUCCCUUAGCAGAACAAGGUAAGUUCGACACGGAAGCUUGUGGUUACUGGGACCGCUUUUAUGAGACUCACCGCAACAAGUUCUUCAAAGAUCGCCGGUGGUUGUUCCAAGAGUUUCCAGAACUGCUCCCUUUGAGGCUCAGAAGCCCUUUGGCAGACGUGAGCCAAGCUGGGAACUCGAGCUCUGGCAGAACCUCAGAGACCUGCCAGGAUCACAGCUCAGAUCCCCCACCACAGCACAGAGAUGCAGACAGUCCUGUGUGCCCAACCUCUGUGGAUGCUCAGGCUGCACACGGUGAAGAGACGUUAGUGACUUCCUUUCCUGGACAACAUGCAGAUUUCCGGAUAUUGGAGGUUGGAUGUGGAGUCGGUAACAGUGUGUAUCCCAUUGUAAAAUCCAUUAAGGAAACGGGUGCCUUCGUAUACUGUUGUGACUUUUCUCCUCAUGCUAUUCAGCUGGUGAAGGAGCAUCCAGACUAUGAUCAAUCCGUGUGUCAUGCCUUCGUCCAUGACCUCUGUGAGGAGGGAGCGUCCUUCCCAGUUCCUCUGCAGAGUCUGGAUGUAGUCAUGGCGGUAUUCGUGCUCUCUUCCAUCCAUCCAGCCAGACUGCAGGCAGUAGUGAAUCGACUGACCACCUACCUGAAACCUGGAGGUGUAUUUCUAUUCCGUGAUUAUGGCAGAUAUGAUCUUUCUCAACUCAGGUUUAAAAAAGGACAAUGUUUGGCAGAUCAUUUCUACACCCGUGGAGAUGGCACUUGUGUUUACUUCUUUACAAGAGAUGAAGUUCGUAGUCUAUUUACCAAUGCCGGUUUGGAAGAGCUUCAGAAUUUGGAGGAUAGACGACUUCAAGUGAACAGGGGGAAGAAAGUAGUUAUGCAUCGGGUUUGGAUGCAGAGCAAAUACCAGAAAACACAUUAAGCUGGAUCAUUUUAAGAGCCUGUAUACUUAUACCUUACAUGUUGUAUUUAUUUUUUUAAGACCAUUUUAUUUAUAUGCUUACUGAAAGGCCAUUUUUUAAAAUGUUACAAUCAAACAUUGUCCUCCAUGUGAAAAUAUAUACGAAAGCUACUGUCAAUUGUUCUCGUGAAUUUGAUUAUUUUCAUCAAUAAACAGAAUAUCCCUUAAAUAUGAA